CCUCCUCCCGCAACCAUGCUCGACUGGCACAACCGGCUGCGUGCGUGGAUAUCGAUUGACGGGGUCGCCGCGGAGGAGUACGGCGUGGAGGUGGACGAGAAGGAGCGGACGGUGAGCUGCUGGGUCGGGUCAGAGGUCGGGAAAUCUUUUGCGAUCAACUGGGAGAACCGCGACUUCAUUUUUGCGCUCGGUGCGUAUGCGUAUGUGGACGGCGCCGCUGGGGGCGGGACAAUGUACGAGGCCGGGCCCCGUAAGCUGCUGCCGUCCCAGAUGGCCCAGGAGGGCAUCAUCGACGCCCGCGGACUCAACCCGUUUGUAUUUGCCCGCCUCAAUCUCAGCGACGACGACACGCUGCUGGCCGCGGACCCCGCGGGUCUCGCAGACCUCGGCGUCAUCGAGCUCAGGAUAUUCCGCGUGUCGUCGUCCAGGGAGUCCUUCACCAUGGGCAACAUCACAGGGACGCUGUCCCUCCCCACUAAAAACGUGCACGAGCGCGCCAAGAAGGCUGUCACACAACAAGUCCAGCUCGGUGCCCCACAGCAGCCGCUGGAACCCCCGGCAUUCCGCCAGGUAGACAAAAUCGGCCCGCAUCUGGUCAAGUUUUUGUUCAAGUACCGGCCGAUGGGUGGGCUGCUUUCCGGUCGAAGCCGUGUGCCUACUCACCUCCUAUAUACUAUAGAUGUUCUGAGGGCAAACGGCAUCGCCCCGCCCCUCAAACGCAAGGCAACCCCGUCGCCCGCGAGGGCCGUGUCGCCGGACGCAGAUCCGGCCGAGGCCGAUAUUGCGCAGGCAGCGGCGACGGUCGAUCGGCUCGAAAAAGAGCUUCUCGCGGCCAAGGCGCUGCUGGCUAAGCACGUCGACACGAAGCCGCGCAUCAAGCGCGAGGCUGUCGCGGGCUCAGGCUCAAGCGCGACUAUCGACUUGACCGGGCCGGAUCGGCCCAAGAAGAAGGUCAAGCGGGAGAAUGGGCCGAGCGAGGUUAUUGACUUGACUUGA